CUCCCCCUUUCAUUUAAUUGGUAAUACAACUUAUCGAAUUUUUCCAAAAAGUUAUUUCGAUAACGUGUUUCAAAAAUGUUAACACUAAUCCGAAUAAUUGUGACACACUUUCUAAAAUAGUUUUUAGCACACAAUAUAUUGUACGAAUGAUUCAAAAGAAGAACAUCAACAAACAACAACAACAAAUCGUGAAAAUAUAAUUUAAAACAUAAUUAAGCAGCAAAUCUUUCGUACACAACAAAACUACUAUGGAAACCCUGUCUGCACUUCUCCAUCGCAUCCAAUUCUUCAUUUUCUUUGCCUCGUUUCGUUUCGUUGGUGGUCCCCUUGCGUUGUCAUUUUUCUUCUUUCUUUUCGGUGGUACAGUUUUGCAGUUCUAUCCAAGGCCGUUCGUUCUUAUCACUGCACCUGAUGAAUAAAAAUUUGUUUAAAAAAUAAUGUGUGUGCCGCAAUUGUGUGAAUUAUUGAUUGUGUGAAUAAACUAUUGGUAAUAAAAGUAUCAUUAGAAUGGCUACAAAAAAUACUAUCGAAAAAGUUAAAAAGAAAAGUAUGAAGAAUGUCGAUGCUUCUAUUGAACGCAAGCUGAAAGGAAGCGUUCUACCUUUGCCAGUCACGUUAAAAAUGGGUACUAAAGUGACAUUGCCAGUUCAAUUGAAAAGCAAAGCCGCGGAAAUAGUGACCGAAGGAAAAACCGUAGUGUUUUAUCCCCUGGUUCCGCCGGUUGGAAAGUACACGCACGUGAUCAAAUCAAGCGUUCCUCUAACGGAAGCUUCAGUACCGGUUUUUGACUUCAAUAGCGCUGUGGGGCCGAUUCGUAUGAAUGUGACCCGCCUUCAGCCUUCGAGUCCGGUUGUCCUUCCUUCAAGGCCAGUGAAUGAUGAGAUCAAAUUACAACCGCAAAGUGUGGCAGCCGAAUCUUCCAGCAAACUUUUAUCAUCAAUGUUACGAUCAGAAGAAUCAUCAAUGUAUCCAUCUCGAAACACGAUCAGCCCGCCACUUUCCCCGCCGUUGUUUGAGCUUCCUUCGUCAAUCCUUUCAAACUCUUUUACAAACGAAACAGAUUUGAAUAACUUUGAAGGGCCAGUGUUGCUAGAUGUUAUCGAAUUGAAACCGCCAAAUCCAGAAGCUGGAUCUUCUAGUCAGCCAGUAACUUUAACGGAAGGUAUACAAUCAACUUCGUUGCACAACUCGGUACAAUCAUUACCUUCGUUAUCUAUACCUUUUCCGCCAUUGCACGUUCAAACUGACUCAAAUCAAAAUAUAACUGCUUUCGAUCAGAUGCUAAUCAUAAAAAAUCAGAACACAAUAAUAUCCAAAUUGGAUACCAUUAUAAGUGAACAGCGAAUUUUGCGACAAGUCUUUGAACAUGCGUUACAAUCUAACAUGAUUGGUUCGAAUGAUCAUUGCAAAAUGACAUGCUUUAAGUUAAGCCCGAUAAAUGAUGCGAAGGAAUUAAAAAGUUUUGAUGAACAACUGGGAACUGAUCGAGAAUUUCGACAAAAAUUAAUACAAUAUAUUAGAUACAAAACAAACGAUACACGCACGGAACACCUGUUACACUGUGCGAUUGAUAUAUGCUUCUCAAAAAAAAAAUUUUCAUGAGCUCACUUGGACAGGACGCUUGUCAUCAGAUUUGCACAAAUUCUGUAUACAAAGUUAUACAAACGUGUUAGCUAGGAUUUAAAGAGCUAGGAGGGUUUUCACAUCAACAGCUAGAAGAUUUAAAAAAAAAAAACCAAAAACAGUAAUCGACGUCAGCAAAUAACGUACCAACACCAACACCAAGAACCAAAACAAAGCAAGAAAAUAUCUUGCCACACUCCAUGUAAAGGUUAAAAAAAAUUAAAAUAAUUAUAAAAUAGUUGAACUAUUUGAACUGGGAUUUUUAGAAUA